ACUAGCAGUAGGCAAUUGAGAUUUCCGCAGUUAUCUGAGUGCAUUUGCUGCAGCUAGUGGGAUUUCAGUGAACAGUGAUGGCGGCGUUGCCGUAUCGUCCGCCUCAUGUCAUGGAAGGGCCACCUCGUGGAUGGUACCAACCACCUAGUUUACUCCCUGAUGUACAACCGUUUAUGGUGCGACAGGAGCUAUCUGAGGAGAAACUUAAGGAAAAGGCUCGCAAGUGGCAGCAGUUGCAGUCCAAGCGAUACAGCGAGAAACGGAAAUUCGGGUUCGUGGAGGCUCAAAAGGAAGAUAUGCCGCCAGAGCACGUGCGUAAAAUUAUCCGGGAUCAUGGCGAUAUGUCAAACCGGAAAUUCAGACACGACAAGCGAGUAUACCUUGGAGCAUUGAAGUACAUGCCACACGCAAUUCUAAAGCUUUUGGAAAACAUGCCGAUGCCGUGGGAACAGAUCAGAGAUGUCAAGGUGAUCUACCACAUUACAGGAGCUAUAACGUUUAUCAAUGAAAUACCAUGGGUAAUUGAGCCUGUCUACAUAGCCCAAUGGGGUACUAUGUGGAUCAUGAUGCGGAGAGAAAAACGAGACAGACGUCAUUUUAAGCGGAUGCGUUUCCCUCCUUUUGAUGAUGAAGAGCCUCCUCUUGACUAUGGAGACAACAUAUUGGAUGUUGAACCACUGGAACCAAUCCAGAUAGACAUGGAUGAAGAGGAAGAUGCAUCAGUUCACAAGUGGUUUUAUGACUACAAACCUCUUGUAGGCUCCAAGUGUGUGAAUGGGUCAACGUACAGGCGUUGGUAUUUACAACUUCCUGCCAUGUCAACUCUUUACCGUCUUGCUAACCAGCUGCUCACUGAUCUAGUUGAUGACAAUUACUUUUAUCUGUUUGAUCUCAAAUCAUUUUUUACAGCAAAGGCCCUUAAUCUUGCCAUACCUGGUGGACCAAAGUUUGAGCCUCUUGUCAGAGACAAGGAUAUGCAGGAUGAGGACUGGAAUGAAUUCAAUGAUGUGAACAAAAUCAUUAUUCGGCAACAAGUGAGAACAGAGUAUCGAAUUGCUUUUCCUUAUCUUUACAACAACAUGCCACUCUAUGUUCACCUCAGUUGGUACCAUUACCCUGUUGUGGUAUUCAUAAAGACUGAAGAUCCAGAUUUGCCAGCUUUCUACUUUGAUCCUCUUAUUAACCCAAUUGGAUCACACAGGCAUACUGUCAAAACCAAUGAACCACAACCAGAUGAUGAUGAGUUUGUUUUGCCUGAAGAAGUUGAACCGCUUUUGAAAGAUACGCCUCUUUACACAGACAACACUGCUAAUGGCAUCGCAUUACUGUGGGCCCCUCGACCAUUUAACUUGCGAUCUGGCAGAACUCGACGUGCAGUAGACAUACCUCUUGUGAAGACUUGGUAUCGGGAACACUGUCCCAGUGGACAGCCUGUGAAAGUGAGGGUUUCAUAUCAGAAAUUGCUGAAAGUGUAUGUCCUGAAUGCACUGAGGCACAGAUCACCCAAGGCACUGAAGAAACGGUACUUGUUUCGGUCCUUCAAAGCUACCAAGUUUUUCCAGACAACAACAUUGGACUGGGUUGAAGCAGGACUGCAGGUGUGCCGGCAAGGAUACAACAUGUUGAAUUUGCUGAUUCACCGGAAGAACCUCAACUACCUGCAUCUCGACUAUAAUUUUAACUUAAAACCAGUCAAAACACUGACAACAAAGGAAAGAAAGAAGUCACGAUUUGGCAAUGCUUUCCAUUUAUGUCGAGAAAUUCUUCGGCUGACCAAGUUGGUUGUUGAUGGCCAUGUUCAGUAUCGACUCGGAAAUGUCGAUUGUUUUCAGUUGGCAGAUGGCAUUCAAUACAUCUUUGCACAUGUUGGUCAGCUGACUGGUAUGUAUCGAUACAAGUACAAACUGAUGCGUCAAAUAAGAAUGUGCAAAGACCUAAAGCACGUUAUCUACUAUCGUUUCAAUACAGGUCCUGUUGGCAAAGGUCCAGGUGUUGGAGUUUGGGCUGCUGGUUGGCGAGUAUGGAUGUUCUUUCUUCGUGGCAUUGUUCCAUUGCUUGAGCGUUGGCUUGGCAAUCUUCUUUCACGUCAAUUUGAAGGUCGUCACUCCAAGGGCGUUGCCAAGACAGUAACAAAGCAGCGUGUGGAGAGUCAUUAUGACCUUGAGCUUCGAGCUGCUGUGAUGCAUGACAUAUUAGACAUGAUGCCUGAGGGCAUCAAGCAGAACAAAGCCAGGACCAUUCUGCAACAUUUGAGUGAGGCUUGGCGUUGUUGGAAGGCUAAUAUUCCUUGGAAAGUUCCUGGAUUGCCAAUUCCAAUUGAGAAUAUGAUCUUGCGUUAUGUGAAGUCAAAAGCUGAUUGGUGGACAAACACUGCUCACUACAACAGAGAGAGAAUCAGAAGAGGAGCAACAGUUGAUAAAACAGUGUGUAAAAAGAACUUGGGGAGACUUACUAGGCUUUAUUUAAAGGCAGAACAGGAGAGACAGCACAACUACUUGAAGGAUGGUCCAUACAUCUCUGCUGAAGAAGCUGUUGCUAUUUACACAACCACUGUCCAUUGGUUGGAAAGCAGACGUUUCUCGCCUAUUCCUUUUCCGCCUUUGUCAUAUAAGCAUGACACAAAGCUUCUUAUCCUCGCUCUUGAGAGACUGAAAGAAGCAUACAGUGUGAAGAGUCGUUUGAACCAGUCACAGAGAGAAGAACUUGGUUUGAUUGAACAAGCUUAUGACAACCCUCAUGAAGCACUGUCUCGAAUCAAGAGGCAUUUGCUUACACAGAGAGCAUUCAAAGAGGUUGGUAUUGAAUUCAUGGACUUAUACAGUCAUCUCAUACCAGUGCAUGAUGUGGAGCCACUGGAAAAGAUAACUGAUGCUUACCUUGACCAGUAUCUAUGGUAUGAGGCAGACAAGCGUCGUCUAUUUCCACCAUGGAUCAAGCCAGCUGACACUGAACCUCCUCCUUUAUUGGUGUACAAGUGGUGUCAAGGGAUUAACAAUUUACAGGAUGUGUGGGACUCAGCAGAGGGAGAGUGUAACGUUGCGAUGGAGACGUCCUAUGAGAAACUGUACGACAAAAUUGAUCUUACAUUACUCAACAGACUGCUUAGACUGAUCGUUGAUCACAAUAUUGCUGAUUACAUGACUGCUAAAAACAAUGUUGUUAUCAAUUACAAGGACAUGAAUCACACUAAUUCAUAUGGCAUCAUUCGUGGUUUGCAGUUUGCAUCAUUUGUUGUCCAGUAUUAUGGCCUGGUUCUUGACCUGCUUGUUCUUGGAUUGAAUCGAGCAUCAGAGAUGGCCGGACCGCCUCAAAUGCCGAAUGACUUUCUUACAUUUCAGGAUGUUCAAACCGAAAUUGCUCAUCCUAUUCGUUUGUAUUGUCGCUAUGUUGAUCGUAUAUUCAUGUUUUUCCGCUUUUCUGCUGAUGAGGCUCGAGAUCUUAUUCAACGUUACCUUACUGAACAUCCUGAUCCAAACAAUGAGAAUGUUGUUGGAUACAACAAUAAGAAAUGCUGGCCACGGGAUGCAAGAAUGAGGCUGAUGAAACAUGAUGUCAACCUUGGUCGUGCCGUGUUCUGGGACAUUAAAAACAGGCUGCCACGUUCUAUCAGCACAAUUCAGUGGGACAGCAGUUUUGUCUCAGUUUACAGCAAGGACAACCCGAACCUUCUCUUUGACAUGUGCUUUUUUGAAUGUCGUAUAUUGCCAAAAUGUCGUACAUCACUGGAAGAGUUCACUCACAAAGAUGGAGUCUGGAAUCUGCAGAAUGAGGUGACUAAAGAGAGGACAGCGCAAUGCUUUCUUAGAGUAAGUGAUGAGGGAAUGAAUCGAUUUCAUAAUCGUAUUAGACAAAUACUGAUGGCCUCAGGAUCAACAACAUUCACAAAGAUUGUGAACAAGUGGAACACUGCACUGAUUGGUCUAAUGACGUACUUUAGAGAAGCAGCAGUCAACACUCAGGAACUACUUGAUCUUUUAGUUAAGAGUGAAAACAAAAUCCAAACACGUAUCAAGAUUGGGCUGAAUUCCAAGAUGCCCAGCAGAUUUCCACCUGUUGUGUUUUAUACUCCUAAGGAGUUAGGCGGUCUUGGCAUGCUGUCCAUGGGUCAUGUGUUAAUUCCUCAGUCUGAUCUUAGGUGGUCAAAACAGACCAAUGUUGGUAUUACCCAUUUCCGUUCUGGCAUGAGUCAUGAAGAAGAUCAGCUUAUUCCAAAUUUGUACAGGUACAUCCAGCCUUGGGAAAGUGAAUUCAUUGACUCACAGAGAGUUUGGGCAGAGUAUGCUUUGAAGAGACAGGAGGCUAAUGCACAAAACAGACGACUUACACUUGAAGAUCUGGAAGACAGUUGGGAUAGAGGAAUUCCACGUAUCAACACACUAUUUCAGAAAGACAGGCACACACUUGCUUAUGACAAGGGCUGGCGAGUGAGAACAGAGUUCAAAGCGUACCAGGUGUUGAAGCAGAACCCAUUUUGGUGGACUCAUCAGAGGCAUGAUGGCAAGCUAUGGAAUCUGAACAACUAUCGCACAGACAUGAUUCAGGCGUUGGGAGGUGUAGAGGGCAUUCUGGAACACACGUUGUUCAAGGGAACGUAUUUUCCAACAUGGGAAGGUUUGUUCUGGGAGAAGGCUAGUGGUUUUGAAGAGUCAAUGAAAUACAAGAAAUUGACCAACGCUCAGAGGUCGGGACUGAACCAGAUUCCAAACAGAAGGUUCACGCUGUGGUGGUCACCAACCAUCAACAGAGCCAACGUGUAUGUUGGAUUUCAAGUGCAGUUAGAUCUGACUGGCAUCUUCAUGCAUGGCAAAAUUCCCACCCUUAAGAUUUCACUUAUCCAGAUCUUUCGUGCUCACUUGUGGCAGAAAGUCCACGAGAGUGUGGUUAUGGAUCUUUGCCAAGUUUUUGACCAGGAAUUGGAUGCUCUUGAAAUUGAGACAGUGCAGAAGGAAACUAUUCAUCCAAGGAAGUCAUACAAGAUGAACAGCUCAUGUGCUGAUAUUUUGCUCUUUGCGGCAUACAAGUGGAAUACAUCCAAGCCAUCUCUGCUGGCAGACUCAAAGGAUGUGAUGGACAGCACUACUACACAGAAAUACUGGCUGGAUGUUCAGUUACGCUGGGGUGAUUAUGACUCUCAUGACAUUGAGCGAUAUGCUCGUGCAAAAUUCCUUGACUACACAACUGAUAGCAUGAGUAUCUACCCAUCUCCUACUGGGAUACUAGUUGCCUUAGACUUGGCAUACAAUUUGUAUGCUGUGUUUGGUAACUGGUUUCCAGGAUCUAAACCAUUGAUGCAGCAAGCUAUGGCCAAGAUCAUGAAGGCUAAUCCAGCGUUGUAUGUUUUACGUGAAAGAAUUCGGAAAGGUUUACAGUUAUAUUCCAGUGAACCAACUGAGCCAUAUCUGUCGUCACAGAACUAUGGAGAACUUUUCUCAAAUCAGAUUAUUUGGUUUGUUGAUGAUACGAAUGUGUACAGAGUUACUAUUCACAAGACUUUUGAAGGGAACUUGACCACAAAACCUAUUAACGGUGCCAUUUUCAUUUUCAACCCACGAACUGGUCAGCUGUUUUUGAAGAUCAUUCAUACGUCUGUGUGGGCUGGCCAGAAACGUCUUAGUCAGCUUGCCAAGUGGAAGACUGCUGAAGAAGUUGCAGCUCUAAUUCGUUCUUUACCAAUUGAGGAACAACCUAAACAAAUCAUUGUGACCCGGAAAGGAAUGCUUGAUCCACUUGAGGUCCAUCUUCUUGACUUCCCCAACAUUGUGAUUAAAGGGAGUGAACUACAACUGCCUUUCCAAGCUUGCUUGAAGGUUGAAAAAUUGGGUGAUUUGAUUCUCAAAGCCACUGAGCCACAAAUGGUUCUGUUCAACUUGUACGAUGACUGGCUGAAAAACAUCUCAUCGUACACGGCAUUUUCAAGACUCAUUUUGAUACUGAGAGCGCUUCAUGUUAACACUGAUCGAACCAAGGUGAUCUUGAAACCCGACAAGACAACUAUUACAGAACCUCAUCACAUCUGGCCUACUUUGUCUGAUGAAGAGUGGAUCAGAAUUGAAGUUCAACUGAAAGAUCUCAUUCUUGCUGACUAUGGAAAGAAAAAUAAUGUCAAUGUAAACUCCCUUACACAGUCUGAAAUCCGAGAUAUCAUACUGGGAAUGGAAAUAUCUGCCCCUUCUCAGCAAAGACAACAGAUAGCUGAGAUAGAGAAACAAACAAAGGAGCAGUCUCAGCUAACAGCCACAACCACAAGAACAGUUAACAUUCAUGGUGAUGAAAUAGUGGCAACAACAACAAGUAACUAUGAGACUCAGACAUUUGCAUCAAAAACGGAGUGGCGUGUUCGUGCAAUCUCAGCUACCAACCUACAUCUUCGAACAAAUCACAUCUAUGUCUCAUCAGAUGAUAUCAAGGAGACUGGAUUUACUUACAUUUUGCCCAAGAAUAUACUGAAAAAGUUUAUUGUUGUCUCUGAUUUGAGGACACAAAUUGCAGGUUUUAUCUAUGGUGUGAGUCCUCCAGAUAAUCCUCAAGUGAAAGAGAUUCGAUGUGUGGUGUUGGUUCCUCAGUGGGGGACUCACCAGACUGUUCACUUGCCGAAUCAACUUCCUGAGCAUGAGUACCUAGAGGACAUUGAACCUCUUGGUUGGAUUCAUACUCAGCCCAAUGAAUUACCACAGCUCGCACCACAGGAUGUUACUAUGCAUGCCAAAAUUAUGGCUGAGAAUCCAAGCUGGGAUGGAGAGAAGACAAUUGUCAUGACUUGCAGUUUUACUCCUGGCUCUUGCUCCCUCACUGCAUACAAACUUACUCCAGCAGGAUAUGAAUGGGGACGGAGCAACAAAGACACUGGCAACAACCCAAAAGGCUAUUUGCCUUCACACUAUGAGAAAGUGCAGAUGCUUUUGUCAGAUCGGUUUCUUGGGUUUUUUAUGGUGCCUGCCACUGGGCCGUGGAACUACAACUUUAUGGGUGUUCGCCACUCAGUUGGAAUGCGCUAUGAUUUACAGCUGGCUAAUCCAAAGGAAUUCUAUCAUGAAGUGCAUCGUCCAUCUCAUUUUUUGAAUUUUGCAAUGAUGGAAGAAAGUGAAGUAGCCGGUACUGAUCGUGAAGACAUGUACUCGUAAUGUAUAUGGUAACAAUGACUGCUGUACUGUUCUUUAGAAUGGACAAGCUGUCCGUUCUUAUCUGUAGCUAGUGUGUUUAGUUUGUGCUGUUCUUGUGUGUGUGUGUGAGUGAUACUAGAGCUGUAAGUCUCUUAUCAACUGAUUGUGACCAUUCUGA